CGGUCUUAUUCAUAAUCAUUUUUCACAUUUUAUCAAAUGCUUAUUAGAGGUUUAUAAAACGUUUGAUAAAAAUUGUUAUUCAUAAUCGUCAUUUAGCGCUAAAAUCCUCUUUUAUCUGUGUGAUAAGUUAUCGAGAGCUCGGGCCUUGUUUAAAGCUCUAAUAAACCUAUUUUAACCUAACUUUUAUAAAUGUCAUUUCAUAUGAAUGUCACUUCGUUGGUUUAUUUAUUCAAAAUAUCCUUGCUGUGAUCCUUGCUUGUGAAAAUGAAUGCUAUAAAUGCAAUUGUGCAUUUAGCCAAUAAUGCCGACCCAGCGCGACGUAGAAAGCUCUACCGCCAACGAAGCAACCCAUUCGAUUUGCGGGACCUAAAUUUUAAAAUAAAAUAUAGGUUCAAUAAGGACACAGUGCGCACCAUCAUAGAUUUGGUGGAAGAUGAUCUGGUUCAGAGCGCUAGAGGUGGUGGCACGUGUCCUGAACUGCAAGUUUUAGUGGCCAUAAGAUGUUGGGGACGUCGUGAGGUACAAGAUGAUGCUGGUGACCUCCAUGGCCUAAGUCAGCCGACAGUGAGCCGGAUAUGCGCCAGAGUCGCGCAUGCAAUCGCGAAUAAGGCAAAUUCCUUCAUCAAAAUGCCUAUCACUAUAGGAGAGCAGGAAAGAAUUAGUGCCAAAUUUAGAGCAAUUAAAAAUUUUCCUGGGGUGAUAGGAGCCAUAGAUUGCACCCACAUUAAAAUUAAAAAAACCGGAGGUGACAUGGCCCAGUACUAUAUUAAUAGAAAAGGCUAUUAUUCCCUGAAUGUUCAGGUUGUCUGUGAUGCUGACCUCAAAAUAAUGGAUAUAGUGGCUAGAUGGCGAGGCAGUACACAUGACAGUCGAAUUUUUAUGGAGAGCAAUAUAAAACAACGAUUUGAGGAUAGGCAGUUUAGAGGACGCCUUAUUGGCGAUUCGGGCUACCCUCUUCUGCCAUAUCUAUUUACACCUAUUUUAAGGCCUAGUCGUCCAGAAGAAGAAGCAUACAAUAAUGCUCACAUCUCAACUAGGAACACUGUUGAAAGGUGUUUUGGGGUGUGGAAGCAGCGGUUCCAAUGCCUACUCCAUGGCUUACCAGUAAGCCUCCAAAAUGGAAAAGCUGUGAUCAUAGCAUUGGCUGUAUUACAUAAUAUAGCCAUUGAUAUGAAUGACACAUUGUUAGAACAACAUAUGGAGCAGGUCCCUGUAACUCCGCAACUUUCGACGGAGAACAGUGUUCACGACAACCGACCUUCAUUGUUGAGGCGUAGGUCGCAGUUGAUACUACAAAAUUUUAUAAAUCAACAUUUUUGAAUGAUACUGUUCCUGGC